GCUUCUAGUAAGCAGUGAAUCCGGCCUUAUCUCGCGAUCCUUGCCAGCUUUUCCGAUUGGCGGGGCACGUUCAGCCGAAGCAACACCAAGCUCCCAAGCAGAGGCCGAGAUAGCAAGUUGGAAUAAGCUCACCGUCAUCGCUUUUUUGCUGAGGUCCACCGCUUGUGACUCGAAAGUCUGUUUAGCUAUCAACACUUCUUCCUUCCUUCCUUCACUCCCUGCAUACCGCUUUCUCAACCCCCUCCAACCCCUCAAUUCCUCUCCACCGAGCUCCGGCAAGCAGCUGCUCUCAGAUUGCAGCUGUGUGAGGCAUUGACCCGUCAACAUGUCGGACUUUGCAGCUACCCAUAAUGUCCAGACCUCGGACUCCAACGAGGAGGCCAUUGAGGACGGCGUCGACACGCACACCCAGAACACUGUUCACUCGCGUCUGCGCGCCAACUCUUCCAUCAUGAAGGCCAAGAAGAUCCUAGUCGCCAACCGUGGUGAAAUCCCCAUCCGUAUUUUCCGUACCGCACACGAGCUUUCGCUCCAGACAGUAGCCGUCUACAGUCAUGAGGACCGCCUGUCUAUGCACAGACAAAAGGCCGACGAGGCCUAUGUCAUUGGCAAGAGAGGAGAAUACACACCCGUCGCUGCCUACCUUGCCAGUGACGAGAUCGUCAAGAUCGCAAAGGAACACAAUGUUAACCUCAUUCACCCUGGUUAUGGCUUCUUGAGUGAGAACGCCGACUUCGCUCGCAAGGUCGAAGCUGCUGGCAUGAUCUUCGUUGGUCCCACCCCCGAUACCAUUGAUGCACUCGGUGACAAGGUCUCGGCUCGUGAGCUUGCCAUCAAGUGCAAGGUUCCUGUCGUUCCCGGUACCGACGGCCCUGUCGAGAAAUUCGAGGAGGUCAAGAGCUUUACCGACAAGCACGGAUUCCCCAUCAUCAUCAAGGCAGCCUUUGGUGGUGGUGGCCGUGGUAUGAGAGUCGUCUGGAAGCAAGAGGAGCUCAAGGAGGCCUUCGAGCGUGCCACAUCAGAGGCCAAGUCUGCAUUCGGUAACGGUACCGUUUUCGUCGAGCGCUUCUUGUACCGCCCCAAGCACAUUGAAGUCCAACUGCUCGGUGACAGCCACGGUAACGUUGUCCACUUGUUCGAGCGUGACUGCAGUGUCCAGAGACGUCACCAGAAGGUCGUUGAGCUUGCUCCUGCAAAGGACUUGCCCGAGGAGACGCGUCAGGCCAUCCUGAACGAUGCAGUUGCACUCGCCAAGUCGGUCAACUACCGCAACGCUGGUACUGCUGAGUUCUUGGUUGAUCAGGAGAACCGCCACUACUUCAUCGAGAUCAACCCUAGAAUCCAGGUCGAGCACACCAUCACCGAGGAGAUUACUGGUAUCGACAUCGUCGCUGCUCAGAUCCAGAUCGCUGCAGGUGCUUCGCUUGAGCAGCUCGGUCUGACCCAGGACCGCAUCUCAGUCCGUGGUUUCGCCUGUCAGUGCCGUAUCACUACCGAGGAUCCCACCAAGGGCUUCCAGCCCGACACCGGCAGAAUUGAGGUAUACCGCUCAGCUGGUGGAAAUGGAGUACGUCUCGACGGCGGGAACGGGUUCGCAGGAGCUGUCAUUACUCCUCAUUACGACAGCAUGUUGGUCAAGUGCUCAGUCCGUGGCUCUACCUACGAGAUUGUUCGCAGAAAGAUGCUUCGUGCCCUGGUAGAGUUCAGAAUUCGCGGUGUCAAGACCAACAUUCCCUUCUUGGCGUCUCUCCUCACCCACCCUACAUUCGUUUCCGGCGGCUGCUGGACUACCUUCAUCGAUGAUACCCCUGAGCUGUUCGCUCUUGUCAACAGUCAAAACCGUGCCCAGAAGCUACUCAGUUACCUUGGUGACCUUGCCGUGAACGGCAGUCAGAUCAAGGGCCAAAUCGGUGAGCCCAAGUUCAAGGGCGACAUCAUUAUCCCUACUCUUCACGACGAGCAGAAGAAUGUUCUUGAUGUCUCAGAGCCCUGCAAGCAGGGCUGGAGAAGCAUUAUCGUGGACCAAGGCCCUGAUGCCUUUGCCAAGGCUGUAAGAGCCAACAAGGGCUGCUUGAUCAUGGACACAACCUGGAGAGACGCUCACCAGUCUCUUCUUGCCACCAGAGUUCGUACUGUCGACUUCCUCAACAUCGCCAAGGAGACCAGCUAUGCUCUCAGCAACGCCUGGGCUCUUGAGUGCUGGGGUGGUGCUACUUUCGAUGUUGCCAUGCGCUUCCUGUACGAAGACCCUUGGGACAGACUCCGCAAGAUGAGAAAGCUCGUACCCAACAUUCCGUUCCAGAUGCUCCUCCGUGGUGCCAACGGUGUCGCAUACUCAUCGCUUCCCGACAACGCCAUCUUCCACUUCUGCGAACAGGCAAAGAAGAACGGUGUCGACAUCUUCCGUGUCUUUGACGCUUUGAACGAUGUUGAGCAGCUCGAGGUCGGUGUUAAGGCUGUCCUCAAGGCUGGUGGUGUUGCUGAGGGAACCGUUUGUUACUCAGGUGACAUGCUGAACCCCAGCAAGAAGUACAACCUCGAGUACUACAUGGGUGUUGUUGAGAAGAUUGUCAACAUGGGUGCUCACAUUCUUGGUAUCAAGGAUAUGGCCGGUGUCUUGAAGCCCAAGGCCGCCACCAUGCUGAUUGGCUCGAUCAGAAAGAAGUACCCCGACCUUCCCAUCCACGUCCACACUCACGACUCGGCUGGUACUGGUGUUGCCUCCAUGGUAGCCUGUGCUCAGGCUGGCGCUGACGCUGUUGAUGCCGCCACUGACAGCAUGUCCGGUAUGACUUCUCAGCCCAGCAUUGGUGCCAUCGUCGCAUCUCUCGAGGGUAGCGACUUCGACCCUGGUCUCAACCCUCACCACUUGAGAAUGAUUGACCACUACUGGGCUCAGCUCCGUCUGCUCUACUCGCCUUUCGAGGCUGGUCUCACUGGUCCUGACCCUGAGGUUUACGAGCACGAGAUUCCUGGUGGUCAACUGACCAACCUCAUUUUCCAGGCCUCCCAGCAAGGUCUUGGUGAGCAAUGGGCACAGACCAAAAAGGCUUACGAGCAAGCCAACGAUCUUCUCGGCGACAUUGUCAAGGUCACUCCUACCUCCAAGGUUGUUGGUGACCUUGCCCAGUUCAUGGUCAGCAACAAGCUGAGCUACAACGACGUUCUCGAGAAGGCCGAGCAGCUCGACUUCCCCUCAUCCGUCCUUGAGUUCUUCGAGGGUCUCAUGGGACAACCAUACGGUGGUUUCCCCGAGCCUCUCCGUUCGCAGGCUCUACGUGAGCGCAGAAAGAUGGACAAGAGACCUGGUCUUUACCUCGAGCCCGUCAACUUCGACGAGGUGCGUAACAAGCUCAAGGAGCAGUUCGGUGGUUACACUGAGUCCGACGUUGCAUCAUACGUCAUGUACCCCAAGGUCUUCGAGGACUUCAAGAAGUGGACACAGAAGUUCGGCGACCUGUCGGUCCUGCCUACCAAGUACUUCUUGGCCAAGCCCGAGAUUGGUGAGGAGUUCCACGUCGAGCUCGAGAAGGGCAAGGUGCUCAUUAUCAAGCUUCUGGCGAUCGGUCCCCUUUCCGAGCAAACUGGCCAAAGAGAGGUCUUCUACGAGAUGAACGGUGAAGUUCGUCAAGUGACCGUCGACGACCAACACGCCGCUGUUGAGAACAAGUCUCGCAAGAAGGCCGACCUUGGUGACAGCAGCCAGGUUGGCGCACCCAUGAGUGGUGUCGUCGUCGAGCUCAGAGUCAAGGAGGGCAGCGAGGUCAACAAGGGUGACCCCAUUGCCAUCUUGAGUGCCAUGAAGAUGGAGAUGGUCAUCAGCGCACCUCACUCUGGUAAGGUCGGCGAGCUCAGUGUUAAGGAGUCCGACUCGGUCGAUGGACAGGACUUGAUCUGCAAGAUUGUCAAAUAAGAAAUCACGAGAUGGCAAGCAGACACGAUUGACGGAUGAGAAUCUUCAUAAUAUCCAGUAACGAGACAGUGGAGUUUUCUGGGUUGCUUUUAUAUGUACCUAUUGUAUACGCAUUUCUUCUACUUUCAUCAAUGGUUGAGUUUACAUGUACUAUGUGCUGAGUUUCGAUCUCUCAUAACAAUGUCUGAUGAGCAGCGAGUUCUCCCGCGCUUCCACUAACCACAGAUUCAGCAGAGGUCGUGUCCUACAUAUAGAUAGC